AUGCCAAAAGCGAAACCGGUACUACUUCUCAAGAAUGCUAGUGUACCGACAGAUCCGUACGAGGGUAUAUUUCUCGAGAACGGCUUUUGUCCUGAGUUUUUACCACUUUUGACUCAUCGUCACUUCGACAGGGAACGGACUUUGGAAUAUCUAAGAAGCUCAGAAUUUGUAGACGAGAUCCCGGUUUUCAUCAUAACGUCACAGAGGGCUGUCGAAAUGUUAGGCGACUGCCUUAGUCUGCUUGAACAAGAAGUAAAGAAGAAGAUCUUAUCGAAGAUUGGCUAUACUGUGGGACCAGCAACUUUUUCAGUGUUGAAGACGUUGGGAUUCAGCCUGAUCAGAGGCGGAGAGCGCGCUGGAAACGGACUGAAGUUGGCAGAGUUGAUACAUGAAGAAGUUGGAGAUAUUUCUACAAGAAUGGUGUUCUUCACAGGAGUUGUCAGAAAGGAUAUAAUCCCGAGAAAGCUCAUGGAAUGGAAUCAUAACUUACAGGAAACUGUGAUCUACACAACAGAAGUGCGAGAUGAUGUAGUUAAAAACUUUACCAACUACAUUGAACGAACUUCUGGUGGCUGGAUCGUAUUUUUCAGUCCUCAGGGAACAGAGCUGAUAGUGGAGUAUAUACGAAACCAGCGACAAAGCCAGUUCAAACUCGCUUCUAUUGGUCCUACCACGGAAGAGUAUCUCUUGGAGAAUAGUAUAAAGCCAGAUAUUACUGCUUCUAAACCACACGCAUCUUCAUUGUAUGAAGCAAUAGUUAAUUCAGAGAAUACAGCAUAA